AUGGGGCCGCUGAGGUUAGUGGGGAUGGGGUCAGUGAAGGGAGAAGACCAUGUGAGCUGGAUGGAGGUGCCUAUGCGUGGCUCCAAUGCUGAAGGUUCCGAGCCUGAGGGGGAAGGAGAAGAUAAGUCUGAUGGAGCUGAUGGUGCCUCUCAGCGCCUUGCUGAGAAGCGUGGAACUGACCCACCAGGGGGUGCUGCUGAUGGGGCGAGUGCAUGCAUGGACAAGCCGUUGGAUGAUGUUGGUGGUAGUGAUGGCAUUGGAUUGCAUGGAGCGCAAGGGAACCAUUUAGUGGGCAAAGGAUCUGCAGCAACAAUGUUGGGUAAGGUUGAAGUCACGUUAUCCAGCUCCCCUACUCAGGCUGAAGUGCAGGCACUUCAGCAGCCAUCCCAGACUGCAACUGCCAAUCAGGACCCCUGGGCGAGCAAGGCGGAGCACAAGACCCCAGUGAAGGCAGUCCCUCCUCCAGUGGACAAGCGGCUGCAGUCAGGCUUUGACGGGCUCAUGCAGGCAAUUGAGUCGCUGGCCACCAUGAGUGUUUCCCGCUCUCCUGGAGCCAAGCCAUGGGCCUCAAGCAACCGAGGAACAGACAAGGGAGUUAAAAGCCAGAACACGCAGUCCUCAAGCCCCGUGCUGGCAUAUGACGGAGCAGUGACCAGUCAGGGGAAGCGCCAAACUGAGCCGAGCCAAGCUGCAGCUGGGGCAACAAGACAACCAGCAAUGUUUCCAAACACUCCAGGCGCUUCAACCGGUCACAGGCUCCCUGCUGCAUCACCAGAGCACACUCAAGAGUACGCUCACAGAGCAGGGGUGCUGAGCUUGCAGCAGCAGGCAGCGUGGCUGUGGGACAGUGCACAGCACAUGGCUGCAAGGGGCACAAGGGCCAGCUCUGCAUCAAGCGAUGGGGACUCCCAGGCCAGAGGUAGCGGUAUAGAGCGUGACAGGCCGCAUCCAUUCCCGCCGGUCCAACUGCGUUCCGCGUCCCCCGGACGUUCCCACCGUCCUUCGUCCCGUCUCGUCGUUUGCGCAUCUUCCCGUCGCGGCGGAUCCCGACCUGCGCCGCGCGGGUUUUCCGCGCGCGAGGCGAUGCGCGGAGGGGUGGACUCGGAGGGGCGACAGUAUGCGUCGGCGGACGAAAUGUGGCGGCAGGAGACGGGGGAGCGCGCAGUGAGCGCGGGGGAAGGGGGAAGCGGGGAGGGCGCAAUGGAGGCGGAAAUGGGCGGGAAGAAGCGCGAAUGGUACGACAAGGGCGUCAAAUACUGGGAGGUGCGCGCUGCCUCUCCCCUCCUUCCGCCCAUCUCUCCUCUCGUUCUUCCUCCCUCCCUCCUUUUCUCACAACUGCUUGCCCUCCCUGCCUCCCCUCUUCUCUCCCCUCCCCGCUCCCCCCCUUUCGUGCAUCUCAGGGCGUGGAGGCGAGUGUGGACGGCGUGUUGGGGGGUACGGCUCGUUGAUCUGAUUUCCCCUCUGUGCCUGCACGCGCAGGUGGAUCUAGUGGAGCCGGUGCGGCACUUCAUAGAUGCCGCCCGACACCACCUCACCUCGCCACCCUCCUCUGCUGCCUCACCUGCCGCCUCCCACCGUGCCGUCAACUUCUUCUGCUGCCCGCUCCAGGAGUUCAGUCCAGAUGCAGAGCGGUACGAUGUGGUGUGGGUGCAGUGGUGCAUCGGCCACCUCACUGACGCUGACCUCAUCGCCUUCCUCCGCCGCUGCCUCGCAGGGCUGCGGCGGGGCGGCAUGAUAGUGCUCAAGGAGAACACGUGCCAGAAAGCACGAGCUCUUGCUGGUUUGACCCUUGCAGCCACUAGUAAGUACAGCUUCCUCCCUCUUCUGCUCGUUGCUUCCCUCUGCUUCUCCCAGGUGCAGCGUGGGUUCCCUUCGGAGCUGUUUGUGGUGAAGAUGUAUGCACUCACAGCACAGCCCACGGCAGCUGCAGGAGUGGCGGGGCGCACACGGCAGCGCUGCAAGAGGCCCAACCAGCCCGCAGUCAUCUACUGA